AUUUAUAAACAAUGAGUACGUGAACUCUGUAAGCGGCAAGACGUUCGUGACCCUCAACCCGACCACAGGGGAAAAGAUCAUCGACAUCCAGGAAGGGGACAAGGCUGACAUAAAUAAGGCUGUGGAAGCUGCCAAGGCCGCAUUUAAAGACGACUCGCCAUGGAGACAGAUGAACGCCAGCACCAGGGGGGUCCUCCUCAACAAACUGGCCGACCUCAUCGAGCGAGACAGAGUCUUCUUGUCGAGUCUGGAAGUGUUAGACAAUGGGAAACCUUUCCGGGAUAUGUAUUGUAAUGACAUGAUCAUGAUCAUCGGCACCAUCCGUUACUACGCCGGCUGGACGGACAAAAUCUGUGGCAAGACCAUCCCUGUGGACGGUCCUUUCCUCUGCUACACCAGACAUGAGCCAGUGGGAAUCUGUGGGCAGAUCAUUCCGUGGAACUUCCCACUGGCAAUGAUGGCGUGGAAGAUAGCACCCGCUCUGGCCUGUGGAAACUGCAUCGUCCUGAAGCCUGCCGAACAAACCCCACUCACAGCCCUGCACAUGGGGUCGCUGUUCAAAGAGGCUGGUUUUCCCGCCGGAGUUGUGAACAUAGUGCCCGGAUAUGGUCCAACCGCCGGUGCUGCCAUCUCCAGUCAUCCCGACAUCAACAAAGUUGCUUUCACUGGAUCAACAGAGGUCGGUCAACUUAUCAUGGAAGCUGCCGCCAAGUCUAACCUCAAACGUGUCACUCUGGAAUUGGGCGGGAAAAGUCCAAACGUCAUCUUUGCUGACGCUGAUCUGGACUUUGCGGCUGAGAUGUCCCAUCAGGCAUUGUUCUACAAUAUGGGUCAGUGUUGCACGGCGGGGUCAAGGACGUAUGUCCAGGAGGAUAUCUACGAGGAAUUUACCUCCAAACUUGUCAAAAGGGCUCAGAAUAAACCCGUUGGAGACCCGUUUGAUCCCAAGAAUGAAGCUGGACCACAAAUCAACGAAGAGCAGUUUAAGAAGAUUCUGUCAAUGAUAGACUCGGGAGUGAAGGACGGUGCUAAACUGGAGUGUGGCGGGAAGGCCGUGGAGGGCAAAGGUUACUUCAUCCAGCCGACCGUCUUCACUGGUGUCACAGAGGAAAUGACCAUCGGGAAAGAGGAGAUUUUCGGACCAGUUCAGCAAAUUAUCAAGUUCAAGACUAUGGAAGAGGUUAUCGAGAGGGCAAACAACACACCAUUUGGCCUGGCUGCUGCCAUUUUUACCAAUGACCUUGGAAAGGCAAUAACCUUUUCUAACAGGGUCAAAGCCGGAACAGUAUGGGUAAACCUGUACAACAUUGUCAAUGCACAGAGUCCGUUUGGAGGAUUCAAGAUGUCGGGGGUUGGCCGAGAACUAGGAGAGUAUGGAUUAUCACAAUAUACCGAAGUUAAAACUGUGCUGAUCAAUCCCAUGGCAAAGUGAUUGCAAGGACAAACUAAGCUGAUGGCGCCAUUACAACGAAAGGAUUUAUAUUUAUCUCUUAUAUAUAAUAACAAACAUUAAAAUACUACGCAUCGGUCAAUGUGUGGUAGAUUAUAGAGCACAACGCCAAGUGAUAACAGGACUAAGUCAUGGCGAACAUACCACUAACUAAUAACAGGACUAAGUCAUGAAGAACAUACCACUAACUAAUACCAGGACUAAGUCAUGGAGAUCACAGUAUGAAAGAGUGCAGUACAAUUCUUAAGAAAUAUCAUUGUUACUAGUCCACGACUGCAAUAUCGUUGAAAAUGUUGACUGGACACUGAUUAAGUUUAACUGUUUCCCACACAGAUUUGUAUAUAUACAAGUAUAUUGUAAGCACGCAUCGAUUUCCAUUUGUCCGAUUUUAAUGGUUAUAAAAGAGAGGACAUACUAAGAAUAAACAUACUGUUUUCGCUCUUCUUCAGGUCAACACUAUGUAGCUGUAUUUAGUCGAACAAAUAUUUAUGCAGCUGAUUUGAUUAAAAAAGAAGGGUAAAACUUA